AUGGGACCGAUCAGGGCCGAACAUUGUUUGGAGGAGGAAGUCGACAGUGCCAAUCAAUCAAGUACUUGCCUAGACCCCUUCCAGGUUCUGAAUUCUCGCGAAACGCCCUCGCGAGAGUAUGAGUACGUCCGAAUGCUCCACGAGCACGCAGCUCGCCCUCUUGCGCCCACCCGUUUCGACGCACCUUCAAACUUGAACACAAUUUCUGUCCCCGUGUCGGGUGGCUCAGCGGUCGUUUUUGGCAGCGUCCAGCCACCACUACCUCUUGAAGAAGCCAUCGUUAUGCGUUUCGGAGGUGCCGCCGCUGCGCUCGUCGCGCUGUUCGCCGCCGCGUUCGCGGUCGCUACCCCUGCCCCGGUCCCGGAGAGCUCCGAGUCGAGCGACGUCAUCGCCUGCCCUGUGCAGCCGUGUGAUAACCCGAGCUGAGUGAGGGGCGGAAGGUAGAGUGACGGAUUAGAGAGCGAUAUGUUAUGCUGGUUAACCUGGAAUUCUGAUCAUCCGCGGAAUAGACGUGCGAGGGAGGAUUGGUUGUCGUGCUUGUGUUAAGGGUGUAUAGUCAUGGUCAUGGACGAUGCGCAAGUGUCAUUAUUUGGCUUGUUGUGAACCUGUAAUGUCAUUCGUCUCAACUUGCCACUCUCGCCGAGGUUUCCGUUCUGACUCGAGGUCUCGUACGAGCUGUGCCAAUCCAAGACGUCUUCCGCUGAGAAUGUUCUCG